AUGCACUGGAAUCCACUAAGUAGCCAGGGCUCUAAAAUGACUCUGUCUGCAGAAGAUGCUCUAAACAAUUGUUAUCUUUGCUUGCAGNCAUCUGUUCGUCAGUCACCGAGGACCAGCGUGCGGGACGGUAAGUCCGUCGCCAGACAUCGUAAUUCAAAGCAACCGAUUAACGAUUCUCCCGUUCGUCGUUCGAGUCGUCUGGAGUCUAUGAAUUCGAACCGAAAGCUGAAAUGUAACAACACACCGAAACCUGAAGAUAACGAAGACGAGGAUGAUCGCGAACUUGAGUUGGGAAACCUUUCGAUUGAUAUUGCCACAGAUAUCGACACAAAUGAUGAGUACGUUUUCACUUUCUGGUUAUGCUAUAGUCAACAUGUUUAA